UUCUUAUAUUUAAAAUUUUUAUUAUUUUUCAAAUAGAAAUACCUACUUUAAAUACCUAUUGAGGAUUGACUAUUGGAAUAUUGGAUGUUUGAAACUUCAAACUUUAAAUCCAUCGACCAUUCGGAAUUCUUAAUAAUUUUUUGUAAUAUAUUUUUAUUUUUUUCUAUUUAUUGUCAAUAAUAUGGACGAAGGUUGUUAUAAUACGUAUACGAUAUCGGAUUCGGAUGAUUCAGUUAAAAACGAGGAUCGUCGGACAAAAUAUGAAACUUCACGCAAAGACGAUGAUUGUUUAUCAUCCGAGGAGGAACCAGAUUUUUUUAACCAAGUCUUACAAUGUCAAAAACGAAAAAAAUUAAUAUCUCCAGAAAUAGAAUUACAUCACAGGGACGAUAAUAAGCAGAAAGAUGUCCAGGCUAAUAAAAAUCAUGUUUCUAUUUUCGUUGAAGACCCAGAACCUAGGACAGAACCAUGUAUUUAUAAUGAUACAAACAAUGAACAACCAACUGAAAAGAUAGAGCCAAAACGGAAAAAACGUUCAACAAAAGAAGAAAUUGAAGAAAGAAAAAAGGAAGAAAAGGCUAGAAAAGAUGCAAAGAAGAGAUUAGCUGAAGAAUUAAAACGUAUAAACCCAAAAGAAUGUAUGAAGUAUGUAACUGUUCACAUUGAUAUCAAUUUGUUGAAUCAUGAAUAUGGUGAGCAGUUAAUAUCUGAGAUAGAAUCUUCAGAUGCAAAAUAUAAAAUUGAGUCAAAUUCAACUGUAUUAAACUCAAUAACAUGGUCAAGACAAAAAUCUGAUACUAUAAGUGAAGAUGAAAAUUUUAUGUUGAUAAUUUGGGAAUUUGAUUAUGUUAAAAAUCUCAUAGUAUCAUAUCAAUUAUUAAACAAAAUAAAUGAUAUUAAACUACAUAAAACACAACUUUCAAUCAUCAUAUAUAGUACUGCUGAUCAACUUAAUGUAUAUAUAUGUUGUUUUUUUUGUUACAGAAAAACUAAAUCUAAGAAGAACGGGAAGAAUUCUGGGCCAGAUAUGUUGAAUAGCCUCGAACAGAUGAUGUUAAGUUGUCAAGUUUCAUUUCGUUUUGUAGAAAAUAAAAAUGAUAUAGGGUUGGCAGUAUUUUAUUUAACAAAAUCUAUCGCACAAAAGCCAUACAAAUUGAAUAAAUACAAAGAAGAACAAGAAGGAUGUGAUUGGUAUGCAUCUGGACACACAAAAAAUUGUGUAACAGUAGACAAAAAUGGCACAGGUUUAACUCAACUAUGGAGACAAAUGUUAUCGCAAUUUCCACUAUGUGGUCUCGAGACUAGUGAAGCAAUUGCAACAGCAUAUGGUUCACCUAUUGCAUUGUUAGAAGCAUAUGAUAACUGCAGCUCAAGAUUAGAAGGUGAAACAUUGCUACAGGAUAUCGCCGUCCGCCGUGGAUUUGGUCCACUAGCUUCAAAUCGUCGUAUUGGACCAGAACUGAGCAAAAAAAUAUACACAUUUUUCUCAGAUAAUACAGGAUGCACUACAUUAUCCCAAGAAUAAUGAACAAUGGAAAAAAAAAGUUAUA